CGAUCCCGGAAGUAAGCUGGGAGUCCUGUGUUUUAAUGGCAGGUCGACGCAAUUCGCCGUUACCAUGGUUGCGGAACUAACAUCUCUAAGGGCUCAUUCAAGAUUUAAAGCAAACGUAAACCGGAAAAGAAACAUUGAACUCAAAGAGUUUGGGCCAAUGGAAGAAAUGCAAGCUGCCGGUGCCCGCAGCUGAUGGUUCAGAUUGUUUGCGGCUAUGAAAGGACGCUGAUUGAGAAGACAUGAGUGCAAGGAGAAGAGGUGGGAAGCCUAACAGAGGAGGUGGGAGAUUUAACAAACCAAGAGGAGGAGGAGGACGAGGUGUAGUAGGUGGAAAUCGGAAAGGAGGAGCCACUCGCUGGGAUGACGGUGAAGAUUUCAGCCUCGCUUUUGGCCCCUCUUGCUCCAGCAGAACCGGUAAAGGGCGAGGAGGUGGCGGCCGUGCCGGUGGCAGGGAUGGGGGUCGAGGAGAAAAGGGAGCUAGGGAUCAAGACAGAGAUGGGAAACGGGAUGUGAAAAUCAGUGUUGAGGCUCUUCCAAGAUCCUUGGUGAGUCCCAGGAUGUAUGCAAAGGUCAGCGAUGGCAUCAAACCAGAGGCGAGCAACAUGCCCUUUCAGAAGAUCUUCAUGAGUAAUGAGAACCAAGAACAGCUCAAGGAGUUCCUGAGGGAACUACGGACUCAGGACUUUGAUGAACUAUAUGAUGAUUCUGGUUCAGAUUAUUCCAGGAUAGAAGAGGAGGAGGAAGGGGAAUUUGAUGAAUUGGAUUACCGUGAGGAAGGCCAGUUUUGGGCCACGAACGAUGAGCCUGUGGAGAAGGCAGAGAGCCCGGCAUUUGGCCCAGAAUCUGAGGAUGAACAGCCCACCCCUGAACCUAUUAUUUCCUUAUUUGCCAUAGGAAAGCUCUGCAGGUAUGGUUUUGACAGGGAGCGUAGCAAACAGGCACUGGAGUCAGGUGGAGGAGAGUUCGGGGCAACUUUGGAACAGCUUCUCCAACAGGUUUUCAGUGAGUGCUAUGGUCAGAAAGCACUUUCCCCUGAUGGCCUAGAGGAGGUGCCUAUGGAUGAGUGUAUGAGCCAAAGAGAGGAAGAAGCCCUGGCACUAGCUGCCAUUUAUGGUGAGCGCUUCAGCGAGCGCAUUGCCAAUGCUGUCUGGACAGUGACCCUGGACCUCUCGUUCCUCUCAGGCAGUUCUGGCAAGAAUGGAGGAGGGGCUGGUGGAGGAGCUGAAAACCUCCGUGAAGUUUGCAGAUUUUACAUGAAAGGUCACGGCUGCCGCUUUGGAGACAAAUGCAGGUUCAAACACAGACUUCCCACAAAAGACAGGUCUAUGGCUGGUUCUUCAGACCUGAAGGGCCCAGGCCAGCCUGGUAUCAGCAGCUAUUCUCCUCCUGAGUAUGAACUGGAGGUUCGUUUCCCCAAAGGGAACCGUUAUCCUUUUCAAGCACCAGUAGUUGCCUUCAGUACCAAUGAUGAGUCUCUUGGGGCUGCAGGGAGGCUCAGCGUGACUGAGAGGCUAUUUGGAGAAGCGUUGGCUGCAGCAAAGAGCAGCGAGCCUAUUGUUUACACCCUGAUAAAUUUAUGUGAGGAUGAAAAUACUAUGAGAAAACUAUUGGCUGUACGUCAUCACAAAUAUAGCACCCCGCCUCCUGUUGUCGUUCCUCCACCUUCUCUUGCCAUAGCAAAGAGUAAGAGUGCAAGGAGCAGUGCCUCUGAGGAGAGCAGGAGUACCAGCACCAGCAGUAGUAAUCAUACAAACAGCAAGAGGACUCCUACAUCUAAUAAUCAGAGGACCAUAGAGACUGUUGAUGCAGAGGAGACGGAUGACAGAGACGAGGAUGAGGAGGAUCAGGCCGUUCCAGUCGAGAACGCGAGUUAUGUCAAUCUCAGGAAGAUGAUGGUGAAAAGGCACAAUCAGAAGAUGGGCAAUGUGCUGCGAGAAAACAGCAAGCUGCGCCAAGAGUUCCAGAGGAAACAGUCCUCCAGACACUAUAGCUCUAUGCUUGAACAGAGGAAGACGCUUCCAGCUUGGCAAGAAAAAGAGAACAUUCUAGAUGUGUUGGACCAGUGUCAGGUGCUGGUGAUCAGUGGAAUGACUGGGUGUGGUAAGACCACUCAGAUUCCUCAGUUCAUUCUGGAUGCCUCUUUGAGCAGCUCCACAGAGCAGGUAGCCAACAUCAUCUGCACUCAGCCACGCCGCAUUUCUGCCAUGUCCGUGGCUCAGAGAGUGGCGCAAGAGCGCGCCGAGUGUCUGGGAAACUCUGUGGGCUACCAAAUCCGCCUGGAGAGUGUCAGGACUUCAGCUACCAGACUGCUGUACUGCACCACAGGCGUGUUGCUGAGGAGACUGGAGGGCGAUGCAGACCUCAAAGGAGUCACACAUGUCAUCGUGGAUGAGGUGCAUGAGCGAACAGAGGAGAGUGACUUCCUGCUGCUGGUGCUCAAAGACUUGAUGGUACAAAGGCCAGACCUGAAGAUUAUUCUCAUGAGUGCCACUCUUAAUGCAAACCUCAUCUCUGAGUAUUUCUACAACUGUCCUACUGUCCACAUACCAGGGCGCACAUUCCCUGUUGACCAGUUUUUUCUUGAAGAUGCUAUUGCUAAAACUGGUUACAUCAUUGAGGAUGGUAGCCCUUACAUGCGCUCAGGGAAACAGCAUCAGUCUUCCACAUGUGGCCAAACCAAAGGGGACCCGAGGUGCGUGGUGGAUGAUUUAGGUGAUGAUGUCUGGAACUUCAUGUCAUUCUGCAAGAAAGACUUUGUCAAAGAUGAGAUCCCAGACCAGCAGCUCAGCCUGCAGUAUCUCACAAUCAGAUACAAAGAUACUAAGAAGUCUGUGCUCAAGACCAUGGCUGCAAUGGACCUGGACAAGAUCAACAUGGACCUGGUGGAAAGCCUGCUGGAGUGGAUAGUAGAAGGAAAACACAACUACCCACCAGGUGCAGUGCUGGUGUUUUUGCCGGGCCUCGCUGAGAUCAAGAUGCUCUACGAGCAGCUCCAGUGCAACAGAAAGUUCAACAACAGGGGCGCAUCCAGGUGUGUUGUGUACCCACUCCACUCAACCUUAUCCAAUGAGGAGCAGGAGGCAGUUUUUAGCCAUCCUCCAGAUGGUGUCACAAAGAUCAUCAUCUCCACCAACAUCGCUGAGACCUCGGUGACCAUUGAUGACGUGGUAUACGUCAUUGACUCCGGCAAGAUGAAGGAGAAAAGGUAUGAUGCAUCCAAAAGCAUGGAGAGCCUGGAGGACACGUGGAUUUCUCGAGCCAACGCACUGCAGAGAAAGGGUCGAGCAGGUCGCGUGGCCUCGGGGGUCUGCUUCCACCUCUUCACCAGCCACUGCUUUAAACACCAGCUGGCUGAGCAGCAGCUGCCUGAGAUCCAGAGAGUGCCUCUAGAGCAGCUCUGUCUCCGAAUCAAGAUCCUGGAUGUGUUUGCGGAGCAGAUGCUGGAGUCGGUCUUCUCUCGGCUCAUCGAGCCCCCGCCGAUGGGAAGCUUGGAUGCAGCCAAGCAGCGCCUUCAGGACUUGGGAGCUCUGAUGGCAGAUGAGAGGCUGACCCCGCUGGGCUACCACCUAGCCUGCCUGCCCGUUGACGUGCGCAUCGGAAAGCUCAUGCUGUUUGGCGCCAUCUUCCGAUGCCUUGACCCAGCACUCACCAUCGCUGCCAGUCUGGCCUUCAAAUCCCCAUUUGUGUCUCCAUGGGAUAAGCGAGAGGAAGCCACUGAGAGGAAACGAGCGUUUGCCCUGGCUAAUAGUGACCAUCUAGCUUUGUUACAGGCAUAUAAGGGAUUUUGGUCUGCUGCAAAGCAUGGCUACUGUGCUGGCUUCAGCUACUGCAGAGAGAACUUCCUGUCAUGGCGUGGUUUGCAGGAGAUCGCCAGCCUGAAGAGGCAGUUUGCUGAGCUGCUGUCUGAUAUUGGCUUUAUCAAGGAGGGACUGAGGGCCAGGAUUAUUGAGCACAUGUCCUCCAAGGGUACUGAUGGGGUCCUGGAGGCUACUGGCCCUGAGGCAAACCUCAACUCCAAAAACAUCCGGUUGAUAUCCGCCAUGCUGUGUGCUGCCCUCUAUCCCAAUGUGGUCCAGGUACGAGCUCCUCAGGGGAAUUACAAGAAGACCUGCAAGGGAGCGAUGAUGAUGCAACCCAAAGCCAACGAGCUCCGCUUCAUGAUCAAAAACGACGGCUACGUCCACAUCCACCCCUCAUCUGUCAACUAUAUGGUUCGCCACUAUGCCAGCCCCUACCUUGUUUACCACGAGAAGGUGAAAACGAGCCGUGUCUUCAUCAGGGACUGCAGCAUGGUGUCUGUUUACGCACUGGUGCUGUUUGGAUGCGGACAGGUCAACGUCGAGCUGCACAAAGGGGACUUUCUCGUUUCCCUGGAUGAUGGAUGGAUCCGAUUUGCUGCUGCUUCACAUCAGGUGGCUGAGCUUGUGAAGGAGCUGCGCUGGGAGCUGGACCGGCUUCUGGAGGAUAAAAUCAGGAACCCAAGCAUGGACCUGUGCAGCUGCCCCCGUGGCUCCAGCAUCAUCCGAAUGAUCGUCCACCUCAUCUCCACAGAGUAGCUCUGCUACUCAAAGCUCCCUUUUUAUUAUUAUUAUUGAUUUAUUUAAAGGGCUCAAAUGCAUGGAGCUCCGUAGUGUAAUUUCUUUGUGCUCCUGCAUCACUGCCACAAAGUCAUUAUUACAAAUUAAUAUUUUAUUCCAUUGACUUUACCAAAACUAUCAACUUCCACUGAGCUAUUGCUGUACUAGAGGCUUUUUAAAGCAAAUUCUGCCUUUUGAAGAAGGAAAAUGUCUCUAUGCAGGUGAUUAUUACGCUUCCACUAUUGUUAUUGCUGGAAUAAAGCGCCUAACGCUUGGUUCAAGUAUCGAUGUCACACUCCUGCUGCACAGUAUCUGCACUAUACUGGCACAUGAUUGAUUGUCAAGUGAUGUCACAUAAUUUGUACACAGUGCUUUUUUUUUAUUUUUGGGUUGUGUCUUAAUCACAACUGAGAAGUUUCUUGGGUCCAUAUUGGAUUUUGUACACUCGAGUGACUGCGAGUAUUUAUUUGUAAUGCAUGAUUCAAAGAUCCAAGAGCUUCUGCAUGGUAUACAGUUGAUGUACAUUUAUUGAAUGUAUUUAAAUGUUAAAAGUACACCUUCACCAUGUGAAUGCAAGGGCUUUUUAAACCAGGACGAUUUGGUGAGUUGCCAAAGAAACUGGAAAGGCUACUGUCUUAACAUGAAUUCCACUGAACGCUGCACUAUAAAUAAAUUAUUGUAAGGUAACCGGUUCGUGGCUUUUUCUUCACUUAAUGUAAGCUGUGUGUGGUGUUUGAUGCCCGGCGUGAGGAAGGCCAACCCCUUCAUUCACAAGCAAACUAUAUAAACUUAUACCAUUCAAACUUUAAAAUGAAGCCAAGACAUUGAACUUUAAAAUUUCUUUUAAUAUUUUGAUGGUUUGUCUUCAGUUCAAGUUUAAGUUUCAGGCUGUUUUUCUCCCCGUUCAGAGAAAUCAAGUUCAAUUUAGCUCCUU